AGUAGGUUUCGUAAAUUCGCCACCCCCCCCAGCUCAUCAGAACAGAGACCCUCCCUCCUGGAAAAAAACACACAGAAUACAGAACAGCUGAACCAGCUCGGUCCUCAGACACGUCUUUAUCAAAACAAGAUGAAGAAGUUCCUGUUGUUGCUUCUCUUCUGUCACGUCUCAUCUCCAGUGAAACACUCACUCAAGUUUUUCAUCACUGCAUCUUCUGGAGUCCCAAACUUCCCAGAGUUUGUGGUUGCUGCAAUGGUGGAUGAACUUCUGAUGGGUUACUGCGACACCAAGAAAAAGAUACUAGAACCCAAACAGGACUGGGUGAAAAUAUUUUUAGAAAACAGUCCUCAGCAGUUGGAGUUUUACACUCAAAGAUGUUUUGAGAUUGAGCCAAACGUCUUCAAAGCCCAAAUAGAUCACUUCAAGCAACGCUUCAACCAAAGUGGAGGUGUCCACAUUCUCCAGAGGAUGGCUGGCUGUGAGUGGGAUGAUGAGACUGGAGAAGUCAAUGGUUUUAAUCAGUAUGGUUAUAAUGGAGAAGACUUCCUAGCAUUGGACCUGAAGACAUCGACAUGGAUCGCUCCGAAACCACAGGCUGUCAUCAUCAAACAAAGAUGGGAUGCUGAGAUAUCUAAAAUAAAACACGUUAAGAUUUUCCUCACUGAGAUGUAUCCUGAAUGGCUGAAGAUGUAUUUGGACUACGGCAAGAGCUCUCUGCUGAUAAAAGGUAGAAUUACAUUUCCUGAUGUAGUUUCAUGAACACAACAAUGUUCAUACAGUCUGCUCAGACUGAACUGCCAUUUUAUUAUCACUCCAAUCAGUCUGACAUCACCUUCUUUUUGGCCGUUUUCUGU